AUGGCACCGAGCGAACCGAAUCAGAAACGAAAGCGCGGUCGACCCCCGGGAGCUUCAAGCGCGUUGGCACGCGAACAGAGGGAUGGCGCGACUGGAGAAUCAACCGGCAACGCAAUUGAGGCAGAAUCUCAAGCCGCCCCGAGGAAACGAGGGCGACCGCGCAAGAGUAUCGAUCCUGGAACACAAAAUGAACAACACCCCGCAGCCGAAGCCGACCAGACCGGAACCCCGAACGUGGCCCCGAAGAAGAGGGGGCGGCCGCCGAAAACCCGUGAUCCCGAACCGGAGGAAGAAAUCCCCGUGGAGUCCCGGCCACGCAAGAGGAGGCGGGCAGCCGAAGCUGAGGAGAUAGAAGAAGGCCCGGAAGAGGGCGAGGGGAGUAAACAGUCCCGUCCGUCAGUCGCGGACCCGGAGGAGCAACCCACAGAGAAGCCAACAACUCGUCGAGGGAGAAAGAACCGCCAAUCCGACGACAGCCCUGCGCGAUCGCCGCCGCAGGAACCUGAAGUUGGAGAUGGACAAGCAGAGAAGACCAAGGGCAAACCAGGACGGAAGCCGGCACGCCGAAAUGAACAACCAGUGGAAGAAGACCGAAUAGAAGAGGAUACUUCCGGCCGCCGAAGACGAAGGAAGCCUGCAGACGACAACCCCGUGUCACCAGAGGCUGCCGGUGAGAAUCAACCAGCGCCAGUCCCCGAGAAGCGGAGGCGUGGGCGCCCAUCCCUAGCGGAAAUGUCCGUCUCUAGAGCACAAAACCAACCAUCCCCUCCCCAGGCGGACAAACAAGAGAAGAAAAGGGGACGUGGCCGUCCCCCUCGCGCCUCCAACGGAGAGACCGAGUCACCCAACCAAGCCGCCGAGCGACCCCCAGCCAACCCCCCCAAACCCUCCAAGAAACCCCCCAACCGCCGCCCUGCCCCCGAACCCGAACCAUCACCCCCUCCGCAACCACAACCCGCCACAACCACCGCCGCGGCCCCGAACCCCCCCGAAAAAUACCGCCACCUCACAACCCUCACCCGCCAAAUCCCGCGCGCCACCAUCGCCUCCAAAUGGACGCCCCUCUCCACGCCCUCCAUAACAGCCGUCUCGGCGCUCCUCGCAGACAGCGCCCGCCCCGUGCUGCACCGGCUGCGCGAGCGCGACCAGCGCCACGCGCAGGCCGCCUCCAUCCUGCGCACCUUCUCCGCCCGCCUGCACGCCAAGCUCGUCAAGGGCAUGCCCUUCCCGCCGCCGUCGGUGGCAGCGCCGCGCGCGCGGGGCAGGCCGAAGCGGGUUGAUGCUGGGGUUGGGGGUGGGGGUGGUGGGGGUGGGCAUGGUGGGGGUGGGCAUGAGGUGGAGCUGGAUUUCGAGCGCACGGUGGACGCUAUUGCUGGGAUGGAGCGGGCGCUCGAUCCGCUGCUGCAUAGCGUGGCGCUGCUGCGCGCGGAGAAGGAGCGUGAGGAGAGGGCGCUGGAGCGCGAGUAUGAGGGCCUGAGGCGGCUCGAGGGCAAUGCUAGGGCGCAGGCCAGGAGGUGGAGGGAGGGGCGGGAGAGGGGCAGGGAGCAUGUUCUUGCUGGUGGGGUGGGGGACCUGCAAGAGGAAGAACUGCUGGCGCUGUCGCAGCAGAUUGGCAGUCACAUGGAGAGCAUGAAGAGUAACCUGGGCCAGAUUGAGGGGGUGCUUCCGGCUAUUGCGAAGAGCAGGGCUGCGCUCCAGGGGACGUUGUGUGAGCAUUUGGACCCCGAGCAGUACGAGCAGGUGCUACUUGGCCAAACCACGAUAGACGCCGGCGUUACGCCCCAGGCCGCUCACACCACCGGUCAAAAACAACACGGCAAGCGGUCCUUCCAGGGUAACCAUAACCGCAGAGGGGCGAAGCACAGGAGGAAGCAGAAGCCCGUUCAGGAAGGAUCUCACGAGGAAGUGCUGCUGGCUGAUGUGCAGGCGCUGUUGGCUUCGCACAAGAUAUCCGACGGGGCCGAGGAUGGGAUUGAGAAUGAUGCCGCCGCCGAGGAGGUGCCUUUGCCGGCUCAAGGCAGCGAGAUCGAAGUUGAGGUCGUUGAGUUGUCAUCAACUGGAGACGGUCUGGCAAAGCAAAAGGGGUCUGACCACAUCUACGCCGUGCCGUUCUCUGUACCCGGGGACACGGUGAAGGUCAAGGUGUACCGCCAUAACCACGACGAAGGGUACUCAGCCGCCGACUUCAUCUCGGUUGUCAAGCCGUCCGCUCUGCGCGACGACAGCCGGAUCCAGUGCCAGUAUUUUGCCAAGUGCUCCGGGUGUCAGUUCCAGAUGCUCGACUACGAUGAGCAGCUCAGGAUAAAGAAGAACAUCGUUGUUAAGGCGUACCGCAAUUUCUCCCAACUGUCGCCCGAGCUGGUCCCUGAGGUACUCGACACCAUCGGCAGCCCGCUGCAGUACGGCUACCGCACCAAGCUGACGCCUCACUUUGACGGGCCCCCAGGCAAUUCUAGGCGAGGGCCCAAAAAGUGCCACGAGUCAAUGCCGCCAGUCGGCUUCACACCAAAGGCCACCCGCAAGGUGCUGGACAUUGAGGACUGCCCCAUCGCGACCGAGGCCGUGCGCAAGGGGAUCACGGACGAGCGCGCCCGCAUGGCCGUCGAGUACGGCAACUACACCAAGGGCGCAACCAUUCUCCUCCGCGAGAGCACCAAGCGCGUGCCCAAGUCCUCCCCCACCGACACGCCCGAGGUUCCGGAAGGGACCCCCGCCACCGCGGUGCGCGUCGAAAGCGACACGCACACCGAUUUCAAGACGUGCAUCACGGACCAGAACGCCACCUCGACCGAGUACAUCGACGACUUCGUCUUCACCAACCCAGCCGGCUCCUUCUUCCAAAACAACAACUCCAUCCUGCCCCCCUUCACAGCCUACAUCCGCGAGCACAUCCUCCCCCCCGCCACCACCACCACCACCACCACAGCAACAACAAAACCCAUCAAAUACCUCAUCGACGCCUACUCCGGCUCGGGGCUCUUCACCAUCACGCAGUCGGCCCUCUUCCCCGGCGGCAGCAUCGGGAUCGACAUCGCGGACAAGUCCAUCACCUUCGCGCGGCGCAACGCCGCGCUGAACGGGCUGGCGGAGUCCCAGUGCCGGUUCCUGGCGGCGGACGCGCCGGCGCUGUUCCAGAGCGUGGACGCGUACGACCCGGACGAGACGGUCGUCGUGCUGGACCCGCCGCGCAAGGGCUGCGACGCCAGCUUCCUGCGCCAGCUGCUGCGCUUCGCGCCGCGCCGUGUGGUGUAUGUGAGCUGUAAUGUGCAUACGCAGGCGCGGGAUGUGGGGGUGUUGGUGAGGGGCGCGGUGGAUGGGGUUCAGGCGGAGGGUGGUGCGGAGGGGAAGGAGGGGGCGAGGUACGAGAUUGAGAGUAUUCGCGGGUUUGAUUUCUUCCCGCAGACGGGGCAUGUUGAGGGCGUGGCUGUUCUGAACCGCGUUGAUGCGUAG